CGCAUCGAAAUUUACUGACAGUUCCGGGAAUCAUGUAACAUAAAAAAUUGCAUUUCGUUUGUGCAUUUCAAAUCAGGCAUAGUUUUUGUGGUUCUAGCUUUCAUUCUAAGAAAUUUUCGGUGUAAUUUACUUUGAUGAGAUAUAGCCAUGUAUCGGCUAUACCUAGCGGGUUGGCAAAGUUAUCAGCACAGGAUCGGUGCUGGCGUGGGGAAUUUACAGGCACUGCGAAAGGUCUUAUCAGCGCAACACCCACAAACCGGAUUCAAGCAAGUAUGUCCCGGUUUUAACAGCAAUGCACAAAUGAGAAGUGUUCACGGCGGAGUUCAUACUUUCGAAAGUAUGCUGGUCGGUCGGAAAUCUGAGGCUCGCCGUAGUAUUCUAGUCCAAGUGAGUUCAGAGCGAUCGUUUUCGGAACUGGACGCGUAUUGUGCGCAGUUUGGCACGGUGACUAGUUCCCACCAUUAUCGGGUAGGAGGAACCUGUUCCGGCUAUGGGGAUGACGAGGCCGACUGUCACUACAUCGUGGUCGAGUUUGAGAAACCGGAAUCUGCUGAUGCGGCCAUACGGUCUGCGGUUUUCAACGAAGAAAAACCAGGCGUUAGGGCAAGAUCGAUAUUUCUGUGGUUUAGAGCUGGUCCACGAGCGAAACUACAAGUUGCUUCGGGAAAAUCUAAAUCUACGAACGAGUCAAAGCUGACCAAUGUCGAUGCUAGCCGCACUAUAGACGAUAAGGAACUGAGAAAUCUGCUUCUGUCGGCAGAGAACGCCGAAGAUCAGAUUAAAAUACUUCACCAGGCAACAUGUCUGAACGACGUGGGGAAAAGGUUGCGCUUUUUGGCUGUCCGACAAAUGGAAACAUCUCUCCAAGGGAUGUUUCCUCAGGCUGUUGCAUACCCGUUUGGUUCAUCCGUUAACGGAUUUGGGAAGAUGGGGUGUGAUUUAGAUCUUAUCCUUGAUCUAGACUCGGAAUCGUCUUUAGUCCAAAACAGCAACUCUCGACUGGUCUUCCACACAAAAGCUUCAAAUUCGAAUGAGCGAACACAAGUUCAACGAUAUCUGGAAUCAAUAGGUGAUGUUUUGCAGCUGUUUUUGCCUGGAGUCAACAGUGUUAGGCGUAUAUUAAAGGCUCGUGUUCCUAUAAUCAAAUACCACCACGAGCACUUAGAUCUCGAAAUCGAUCUAACGAUGAACAAUAUGACUGGUGUCUAUAUGUCGGAACUAUUGUAUCUGUUCGGCCAAAUUGACCCACGUGUUCAGCCUUUAACUUUUUGUGUUCGAAGAUGGGCACAAUCGGUUGGACUGACAAAUCACGCUCCCGGUUAUUGGAUAACGAACUUUUCCCUUACAAUGUUAGUUAUGUAUUUCUUGCAACAGCUGCAAGAACCCAUCCUUCCGCCCAUUAACAAGCUGAUUCAGAGCGCAUCAAAAACGGAUCUUCGAAUUACAGAGAAUCACAUCAGUUGCUCAUUUCUGCGGGACGUUCAGAAACUCAAUUUCAGUACCAAAAAUACUACCCCACUAGACGAACUGCUGCUUCAGUUUUUCGAGUUCUAUUCCCAUUUCGAUUUCAAUCAACGGGCUAUUAGUCUUAACAUCGGAUCCCACAUCCUUAAACCGGAUCAUAGUCCAAUGUAUAUCGUUAACCCACUGGAAACGGUUCUCAACGUGAGCAAAAAUGUAAACCUGGAGGAAACGGAACUUUUCCGGAUACAGGUUAGGAACGCGCUGUGGCUCCUGGACACUCACGAAAAGUCAACCCGAACCAGUGGCGAAGAUUGGGGCCUGAUAAGUUUGUUUGGUAACAAAAUCAAGGACCGCAUAACGCCGCAAAUGUUCUUCACCAAGCGAUUGGUCAACGUGAAGGAUAUACUGGAUGAUGCGGGUGGGGAUAACGAUAGCGCCCCAGUAGAGUACAAGAAUCAAACCGUCAAGAGCCAAAUUUCCCACAUACAGAAAAGCACCAGGGAGGAGAUCAGUAAACUUGGCGGAGGGAAAAAUGGACCGCCUAGUUCUUUUGCGAAUGGGGGCCCUAUGAAAAUGAAGCGGAACGCCAAACGACGGUGAUAGCUAGCUAGAUGACAUUGGCUUUAUUUUUCGAUUGCGUAGGACAAAAUAAAAACUGUUAAACCUUACUUUUUGUUGGUUUUCACUUCUUUUUAAGAUGUAAAUUAUUAAAUAUAAGCAUAAAUUAAAUAUG